AUGCCUACUGUUCUGGCUCUCUUUGGGAUAUCGUACCUCGCGUACACCAUUUGUGCUGCCAUCUGGAACAUCUACUUACAUCCGCUCCGUCGGAUCCCCGGACCAAAGCUAUGGCUGGCUUUUCCCAUCUUGCGCUACAUCUCAAACAUGAGAGGAGUACUAGAUAGGGACAUGCGAGCACUCCACAAGAGGUACGGUGGGGUCGUCCGCUUCACCCCAAAUGAGGUUUCCUUCAUCACCACCCCGGCAUGGAAAGACAUUUACGGCCAUGGACAUCGACAGUUGCCCAAGGUAUCAGGGUCAGCGAGCAAUCCCAAGGACAUUAUUAGUGCAAAUGACUCCGAUCAUACUCGAUUUCGCAAGGCGAUAUCCCAUGCUUUCUCUGCUAAGGGCCUUCAAGCCCAAGAACCGUUCAUCAUGGAGUACGUCGACAAGCUUAUCAAUAAGUUGCACAGCAUGGCUGAGUCACAAGUAGCCGUGGAUAUGGCGAAGUGGUAUAACCUUACAACAUUCGACCUGAUUGGAGACCUCGCGUUUGGACAAUCAUUUGGUGGACUGGACUCAACAGAGUACCACUACUGGGUAUCGACUAUCUUUGAGUUUAUUAAGGCCAUAGCAUUCGCUAAGUUCAAAGAUGAUUAUCCGAUGGUGUUCAACGCUCUGAAGCGCUUCCUACCAAAACACCUCCUGGAGGCGAAAAGAAGACAGGAUGAAUAUAGCUGGAAUACAGUACAGACACGGUUGCACGAUCAGACGGACCGUGGCCAAGCGGACUUCAUGCAGUCCAUGCUUCGUCACCGCGGCGACAAGGACGGGCUGACUGAUGAGGAACUCGCAGCCAAUGCAAGCAUCCUUGUCAUUGCUGGCAGUGAGACCACAGCAACACUUUUGUCGGGACUGACAUACUGGUUGCUACAACACCCUAAGGAAAUGGAGAAAGUCAAGUUCGAAGUGCGAUCUGUCAUGAAGACUGAGGAAGAUAUCACCGUCAACAAUGCUACAGCUAAGCUUCCGUACAUGUUGGCAUGUAUCGAUGAGGCGUUUCGCAUGUACCCGCCUGUUGCGGGCCAUUUGCAGCGAUACAUACCAGACCAGCCUACUGAAAUUUCGGGAUAUCUCCUCCCCAAAAAGGCAAUAUCUGUUCAUCAGUCUGCUGCAUACCGGUCGCCCCUUAAUUUCUAUAAAUCCGAAGAGUUUAUUCCCGAACGGUGGUUGCCUGAAUCGAAGAAUGAUACAUCGUCGCCGUUCUACCAUGAUAAUCGGGAAAUUUUGCAACCAUUCUCAAUUGGUCCCCGGAAUUGUAUAGGUCGGAACUUGGCUUAUGCAGAAAUGCGUGUCAUUUUUGCCAGAGUACUAUGGAACUUUGACAUCGAACUGUGUGAGGAGAGUCGGGUGUGGCAUAAUCAGAAGUCAUACACCCUGUGGGCGAAACCUCCACUUAUGUGCAGGCUCAAAGCUAGGAUCCAUUGA